AUAGUAUAGUUUAUCUUAAAGGGCAGCAGAGAGAUGGCUUGGAGUAUAAAGAAGAAACUACAGUAUUGUGGCUGUGGAUUUGGUGUCCUGUUCGUAAUUGUGGGUGUUGCACUCAUUCCUAUUGUUGAUUACAUUGUCAGGAAAGAAAUUGAAAAGACAGUGAUCCUCAAAGAAGGAAACCUGCUGUACAAAACAUGGAGAGAUCUUCCUAUUCCUAUUUACAUGCAGUUCUACAUGUUUGACUGCACAAACCCUGAGGAGGUCAAGAGAGGAGCCAAGCCAGAUGUUGUAGAGAAAGGUCCAUACACUUACAUAGAGAAGAGAAUUAAAUAUGAUGUCAUCCACAACAGUAAUGGUACUGUAACAUACAAACAGAACAGGACCUUCCACUUUGCUCCUGAAAUGUCUGUAGGACCGGAGAGUGACAGAUUUAUCUCCCCUAAUCCAGUAUACUGGAGUCUGAUAACUGCACUUAAGUGGGAGGAGCCUUAUAUAAGAAAGUUAAUCAGUUAUGUGACAACUUUUGAGGAGGAGUAUGUCUUCAUGAAUCGUACAGUCAAGGAAAUAUUGUGGGGUUACCAGGACCCUGCUCUACAUAUGGCCAAAGGCCUGGCUCCAGACUGGUUCUACACAGAUAUAGCUGGCUAUUUUAUAAAUAAAAAUGACACCAAUGAUGGAGUGUAUACAAUAUUCACAGGAGAGAAAGAUAUAACUAAAUUAGGACACAUAGACCAGUAUAACGGAUCAAAGUAUCUGAACAUUUGGUCAUCAAAGUGGGCUAACAUGAUUAAUGGCACGGAUGCAACUAUAAAUCCACCAUUUGCAAAGAAAUCACGGGUGUCGUAUGCAUUUGCUUCAGAUAUUUGCAGGUCUAUUGAAGGCAUUUUUGCUGAGGAGGUGACGGAUUCUCAUGGAUUCACUCUGUGGAGGUAUACAGCCCCUGACUCAUAUGUAGAUAAUGCCACUGUCAACCCAGACAAUAAAGGAUUCUGUACCCCCAAUUGUCUGGACAGGGGGCUGAUUAACGUCAGUAACUGUCAAACAAUUGACUUUUUCCACAUCCCUGUUGCCAUUUCCCUGCCCCAUUUUUACCUUGGAGCUGAGAGAUACCAGAAAGCAGUGAUAGGAAUGCGACCAAACAAAGAAGAACACCAGACCGUUAUUGAUGCAGAACCGAAUAUUGGUUGGGUGCUCAGAGCUGCUAAAAGACUGCAAAUUAAUCUAUAUAUCCAACCAAUAGAAGGAUUUGACAUCACCAGUGGGAUCACCCCUGUUUUCUUACCUGUCUUAUGGCUAAAUGAGAGUGCUGUGAUUGAUGAGAAGAAUGCUAAGAUGCUACAAGACAUGUUAUUCACUCCUCUCAAAGUGGUGCAUGUGAUGGAAAUUGUCCUUAUAUCAGGCGGCUCCCUCCUUGUGGUGGUAUCAGUUAGUUACAUCAUUUAUAGGAGGCAAAAAAGAAAAUGGGCACAGAAGGACACCAACAGUGAAACUAGUCACUUGAUUUCCGAUGGAUCAUCCCACGUAAAUUGUGCCAAUUCCAGAAAAAAGACACUGAACAGUAUAUGAGAGUUUGGUUUAUCCAAAAUCUUACAUUCCAGUACAUGUAUUUAUUAGGCAUUUGAUUCUUUUUUCAUUCCCAACACUGGAUUUAAAAAGUGUUAAUUUGUCCAGAAACAAAAAGGCACAAUAACAAAUCCAAACUAUACCCACAUUUGAUAUUAUUUAUUGACUUUUCAUAUAUGUAUUUUUGUAUGUGUUUAGCACAUCUGCACAGAUGCAUGUACUUGUAUUUCACCAGGAGAAAUCUGUUCUUUUGUAAAGAAUUAUUUAGCUAUGCAUCUAAAUUAUGUAUUGCAUAAACAUUAAGAAUACAGAAAGGAAUUUGCACCUUUUACAAUAUAUUCUGUAAUGAGGCUAAAAUGGUCUAAAUUUCUUUAUGAUUCACGAAAUUUAUAUCAAUAAUCAGUAAAUCAUGGAAUUAAACUAUUUUUCAAUAUCUUUCAACAUCUUUAAAUAUCAGUAUCUAUUUUCUGAGAAUUAUUACAUAAUACAUACAACGUACAUUUUUAUAUCACUAAAAGAUGAAUAAUCAGUUUUGGGUCUAAAUAAUAAAAUCAUUUGCAGCUGUAGUAAGCUGCUUGUUCUCCUAGCUUAAUUAAUAUGGAAAUCAUAUAUUGUAGCCUUAAGAUUAUAUGGAGAUGUGGUAUUUAUUGCAGCUAGGACUGUAUGGACUGUUAUUUUGAAAACUAAUUUAUACUUUAUUAAUACUGAUUUGUACAUUUAAAUAUUUGAUAAUGGAUUACUUAAGUUUUCUGUAAUCAGGAAUAUACAAUAUUUUUCCAUAGAAGGUUACCUGUCAUUAUUUGUUGUACUUGUUUGAAUAAGAAACAUUUCACAACUUAAGUUGUUCAAAUCAUGUCUUACAUUGCUUAUUUAUCAUUUCUCAUCAAUUAUUAUAUUUUUAAUGAAAUACUCAUCAAUAUGCUUAAGUUUAUAUGAUUAAGAGCAUCUUAAAUGUCCACAAUCACUUAUUCCCUGUGCCAAAAAUGAUAUGAUUCAGGUCCCAUCUUAAUUGUUUUUUAUGUACAUCCUCUGUCCUUGUGCUUAUUUGAAUGUCAUCUAUUGAUACACAAUACCUGAACAUUUGCUCAGACGAGACUUUGCCUUACUUAAUGUUGUGGUGAAUUCUGUAAUCUUUGGUUAUCCAUGUUUUCUGAUCCUCUUCCCCUGUCUUUUUAUUUAAGUUUCACAGAGAGUUUAGAGGACCAAAUUUGUUAUCAAUCUGUGUUUAGCAGCUUUUUUUCUACUUUAAAUAUAAAAUUUGUUUGAAAAAAAAAUUAAUACUUAUCAUUUUUAUUAAUAAGUUCUAUUUGUAGAAUGCCAUUUCUUAUGUUUGUAAAGUGUUAACUAUACUGAAAUACAUUUCCUUGUUGUUAAUUUCGUAGGUGCUACAAUUGUUGUUUGUUUACAGAAAAAGAAAUGUAUUAUAGAACAGCAUUUAAUAGUAAAACACAUAAUACUCUGUGUUUCAUGUAAGACUGCAAUAUGUAAUUUGUCAUUUAAUAUAUCUUUGUACUUUGUUUCACAAUCAAAAUUAUUAGAUUUUCAAUAAACACUCUAAACAACGGACA